AUUUUUCAUAGUAUUAAGAAUUUUCAUCAUUCUUAAAAUUUCCAUAAUUUUCAAAAAUUUAAAAAUUCUCAGGGCUGCAGUUUCCAUAGUUAAAUAAUGCAACAAAAACAUUUACCUUUAGAUUGAAUUGAAAUAAGGAUGCAGAUAACGCUAUAUACCUCCUAAGAGUUUGCCAGAUUAACUAGAGGUUUAAGAAUUUGCGCCAUAGACGUAGAGAUUAUUUAUGAUUGUUAUAUUCUUUAUUUCUGAUGGUAUUCACCACAGGCGUAGUCAAACAGUCUCGCUGAGAGGGGUUUCUUAUCUAUUAUUUAAGCCUUGUGACUGGGAGUUUUUAGGAAAAUACUCGUAUUCUGAAUUUCUGGUGGUGAACCUUCACACCCCAAAGGUUACGCCUCUGGUAAUUGUUGUUGUAUAAUGUAUGUUUUAUAGUAUUUAAUGAUCUAGUCAUUAUUUUGUUGAAUGUUAAAAUAUUUACCUUAGGUUCAGUUCUUUGCUGUAAUCCUUUAGCAUUAUUAGUCUUAGUUGUAUUAUUUCUAAUAGUUUGAUUUUACCUUGGAACGUAAUUCAAAUGUAUACUAUUGUAAAUACUUUUCGCAGUGAAUUUCCCGCAAAAGGGUGUUUGAAAUCCCUAUGCUUUAUACUCUAAGCUCUAUAUACCUAUACUAUUUACUACAGAUAUUAAAAAAACUGUAGCUGCUCUCAUAUACGCAUUAAAAUACUAUUAAGACAUUUUAUUGAUGUUUGAAAUCUCUAAGUACGUAUUUGUUGAAUUUAUAAAAAUUUAAGUAUCUAUGUAUUUACUGUGGCAAUUUUUUUUAACCCAAACUCAACCUCACGACACUUUAAAUUUUUUCGCGAUUAUAUUCGAACAUCUAUUUCGUGCGCAUAUAGCCAUCAAUAACCGAAAAGGAUUUUAACAUCUCAAGAUCGCACUUUUCACUAGAUCAUAACCUAUACAUAUACUUUAUCUGAAGUCACUUGAAACACUGUGAAAUACCGGGUGCGUUUUAUAUAUCUAUAUUUAAGACGCUCUG